CUUCAAGCCAGUGCUUCAACACGGCAAUAUACGCCACAUCAUCUGUUCGGCUUGCUAACUUGUGGGGCAGGUAGCAACGACUUUGCGUACCAAGUAUUUAUGGUCAAUUUGUUUGUUCUGUGAUUUAUGUCAAAUAAAUUAAUUCUUAAAUGAUGUAUUUGAAUGAAAUCUCAUAAACUAGAUCUCGGUAGUUUUUCUUAUUGGUCUAGAAUCACUUGCUUGUUUAAUUUUGCUGCGCUAAUCAUUCCGACUAUCAGAAACGUGUUCACAGGUUUUAAAUCCCCCAGAAUUUGAAAAAUUGAAAAUUUUUACCAUGGCUUCUCAACAACAACCUCCUCAACGACAGAGCGGUUACGCAAUCGUGAAACAGGUACAAUCUGGAGAUACUGUUAUCCUACGGGGACAGCCGAGAGGUGGCAAGCCAAAAGAGAAAACUCUUGGUUUAUCUAGUAUUAUUGCUCCCAAAUUGGCACGUCGACCAAAUGCAAGUGGAGAAGGUGCUACCAAAGAUGAACCCUAUGCCUGGGAAGCUAGAGAGUUUUUGCGGAAGAAGUUAAUUGGCAAAGAUGUCUACUUUGUCAUAGAAAGUACUCCUAAUGCGGCUAAAGAAUAUGGAUAUAUCUAUAUUGGAAAAGAUACAACUGGAGAAAAUAUUAGUGAAUCACUUGUUGCUGAAGGUCUUGUUGAUGUACGGCAUGCAGCUGUCAAAUCUGAGUCUCAUCAGCGUUUAUGUGAGCUUGAAGAUGCUGCAAAAGCUGCCGGAAAGGGUAAACAUGGGCCUAAUGCCAGCGAGCAUGUUCGUGAUAUUGUUUGGACCAUUGAAGCUCCCCGUAAUUUCAUGGAUUCUCUGCAUCAAAAACCUGUAAAAGCGGUUGUAGAGCAUGUGAGAGACGGCAGUACUAUGAGAGUUGUACUCCUUCCCGGUGUAUACAAUGAGUACUAUUACAUUACUGUUAUGCUGUCUGGAAUUAGGUGUCCUUCCUUUCGCGGAGAAGAGCAGUUUGCUGAGCCUUUUGCAGAAGAAGCAAAAUUUUUCACAGAAUGUCGAUUGCUUCAGCGUGAUGUAGAAGUAAUUCUAGAAAGUGUGUCAAAUCAGAACUUUCUGGGAACAAUAAUCCAUCCAAAUGGUAACAUUACAGAGCUCCUUCUUAGUGAAGGAUUUGGAAAGUGUGUUGACUGGAGUUUACAAUGUGCUACUUCUGGUGUUGAAAAGCUCAGAGCUGCAGAAAAGUAUGCAAAAGAGAGACGUGUGCGCCUUUGGAAAGAUUAUACUCCAAGUGGACCAGUUAUUGAUGCCAAAGAGAAAGAAUUUAGUGGAAAAGUUGUAGAAGUAGUCAAUGGUGAUGCUUUAGUCAUAAAGCUUUCUGAUGGUUCAACAAAAAAAGUAUUUUUGGCUAGCAUCAGGCCACCAAGGUUACCCGAUACAAACCCUGAUGCUACGAAAGCUCGAAUUCGUCCUCUUUAUGAAAUACCAUACAUGUUUGAAGCCAGAGAAUUUCUGAGAAAAAAAUUAAUAGGAAAGAAAGUGAAUGUAGUUGUUGAUUACAAACAGCCACCAAACAAUAACUUUGCUGAGAAAACAUGUUGCACUGUAACUAUCGGAGGAGUAAAUGUUGCUGAAGCUUUAGUUAGUAAAGGCUUAGCAACAGUAGUCAGGUAUCGUGCUGAUGACGAUCAGAGGUCUGCCCAUUAUGAUGAGCUUCUUGCCGCAGAAACUAAAGCUAUGAAGUCUUCAAAAGGAGUUCACAGCAAAAAGGAUGCCCCCGUACAUCGUGUUGUCGAUCUAUCUGGGGACCUCCAAAAAUCCAAACAGUUCUUGCCUUUCCUCCAAAGAGCUGGCAGAAUGGAAGCUGUGGUGGAGUUUGUUGCAUCUGGGUCUAGGUUGCGUGUGUUUGUGCCAAGAGAAAACUGCCUUAUCACCUUUCUCCUCGGAGGUAUAAAUUGUGUUAGAGCUUCCCGUGAAACGAGAACUGGUGUUGUGAAUGGGGAUCCAUUUGGUGAUGAGGCCUUAGCUUUCACAAAAGAGCUUUGCAUGCAAAAAGAGGUUCAAAUUGAAGUAGAGUCCAUGGACAAAGCUGGUAACUUCAUUGGUUGGCUAUGGAUAGACAAUAUGCAUUUAUCAGAAGCAUUGGUGCGUGAAGGUUUUGCAGAAAUUCACUCUACAGCAGCAAGAAGCCCACACUAUAGAGCAUUACAAGUUGCCGAAGAAGAAGCCAAAAAGAAAAAAUUAAGGCUAUGGGAAAAAGAUGAGCCAGUUGAAUUUGUAACUAAAACAGAAGAAUUAUCUGAUCGUGUCAUCAAUUACAAACAAGUCAUGGUUACAGAAGUACGGUUUGAUUUAACUUUCUAUGCACAGCAUGUAGAUGAAGGUCCAAAGUUAGAUGAAAUGAUGAAACAGUUACGCCAAGAAUUUGCUUCCAAUGCUCCUCUAGUAGGCGCUUAUACUCCAAGGAAAGGUGAACUUUGUGCUGCCUUGUUUUCUGAAGACCAGUUAUGGUACAGAGCUAGGAUAGAUAAAGUUCAAGGCAGUCAAGUCCACGUAACUUUUGUCGAUUUCGGCAAUAAAGAAGUCACAACAUCCGUUAACUUAACAAGUCUACCAUCUACAUAUCAUUCCCUUCCAUAUUAUGCUCAUGAGUAUUCGUUAGCAUUUGUAAAAGCUCCACAAGACACUGAAAGUGCUGCAGAUGCCCAGGAAUUCUUCUUCGAUGCCACUAAUAAUCGAAUGUUAAAACUAAAUGUUGAAUAUAAAGUGGGCCCUUUAUCUUACGUUACUUUACUUAGUCCUGAUGAAUCUGAAGAUAUAGGGAAAGACAUGAUUGCUCAAGGUUACGCAUUCUUUGAAAGAAAGAAGGAAAAAAGGUUUCAAAAGCUUAUGAGUGACUAUGCAGCAGCGCAAGACUCAGCGAAAAAAGCAAGAAAAAAUCUUUGGAUUUAUGGAGAUAUCACAGAAGAUGAUGCUAAAGAAUUUGGAUGAAUAUUUUUUUAUUUAUUCUGCUGGCAGUACCACCUAGAAAGAUGUGGUCCAAAAUGUAUUUACUGUGAUGGCUGUGCCUAAAAAUGUCUGGAAAGAAAAUUGAAUCAUAUUGAAUAUGAAUUUUGAAAAUUCACCUUUUUAAACUCUGUACAAAUCUGUAAGACUCGAAACUCUCUACCAGUUUUUAUGUUAGGGCCAUUUUUUCCUGGUGGUGUGAAAAACAGGUCUUCUUCCUGUGGUACUAGUUUAACUAGUAUCAAUUAUGUAAAAAGCAUGCAUUAAGUUUUACAAUAAAAACUUAAAGAUUUGGA